AUGGUGGCGACACACAUCCAAAUAGUUUCCGUCGUGAAGACCGAUGCGAAUCAUCAAUUCGUAAUAUUUCAGCUUCAAAUCUUGAACAUCUUCAGCGUCGGAUUUGUUGAAAAACUUGAUAUUAAUCUUCUUCGAGAUGAUUGUGGCACGGACGUAGUCAUUGCGGACGAGAGAGUAUCUCAUCUGCUCCAAAAGAUGUUCUAUGCACAAUUUGUGCUUGCCAAAAAAGGACCGCUCGCCAAAAUUUGGUUGGCCGCUCAUUGGGAGAAAAAACUCACAAAAGCACAAAUCUACGAGACCGAUGUACCACAAGCGAUCGAAGAAGUGAUUCGCCCGAAGGUCAAAAUGGCUCUCCGUACAGUUGGGCACCUUCUACUUGGCAUCGUGAGGAUUUACUCAAAGAAGACUCGAUAUCUACUAGCUGACACUAAUGAAGCUUACCUGAAAAUGAAAGUGAACUUCCGCGAUGGAUUCUCGUUUGAAGCCGAUCUUCCGUUGAAUGCCGAUAUCGAUGAAGAUUUCGGGAAUCUACACGACGAUUUCAACAUCACUGUGCCGGAAUUCCAUGAUGCCGACUACAAUGAGAAGCUCAUUUUGGCAAACGUGAGUCGACUCGAGGACAUCACACUUCGAGACGAUGUAAACUACAAUGCAAUGUUCCAAAUCAACGUUGACGAUGACGGAUUCGGUGAUGAGGAGGAUUACGCAGAGCUGGAGAAGAUGUACGGUGUCGGACAGCCAUCAAGUGUCAGGGAGACGCCUCAACGAGAGAUGAUCGAAGCUGUCAGAGAGCAGGCAUCUGGAUUAGAUUUGUCUGAAAAUAGAAAGAAUAAUACGAGUUUGUUCGAUGCGCCGCCGAUUGCAAUGGAUUUUGAUGUGGAUUUUGGAGGGGAGAAGCAAGAAAAUCAGCAGUUUGAGGUUCAGAGAGAUGGUGAGAUGUUCAAUUCGAUGGUGCACGACAUACAGUACGACCAGGCUGCUCCAGAUGACAAUUUCGGUUUUGAGCCAGAAGCUGUGGAGUCAGAAGACGUCGCCGUCCCUCCAAGACCGCACAGUCCGGAAUCCUUUGCUCUCGAGCCAUUAGAUAUUGAAAAUAUGGAAGGAGGACGGAAAAAGAGGCAAAGAAAGCCGAGAAAGCUGCUAGUGGACGCUGAAACUAUGAUAACUAACGAUGCGUUUACUGGUCAGCAGAGAGAUUUCACGGAUACUGUAAGAGCAUCGAGUGAUUUGGCUCCGUACUCAAGGAAAAUGCUCAAUUUCUGUGUCAGCGGGGACUUGCCACAUCUCAUGAGCCGUCCUGGAAUCGGAAUUCAGAAUAUGGAACUGCUCAACGAAUAUCGGAAAUGUCUGGUUACGCGGCCAUUCGAUCCGAAUUUCACGAUCCAUGAGCUCAGCGACACGACACCUUCGUCAAUGGAUAGAGAGGAGGCACCGUGGGAACAGUUGGGAUUGAAUGAAGAUAUUCCGGGAGCCGCUGGAGUACUUCCGGAAGCUGAUGAUCACUUCUUUGAUGACGUUGAUUAUGAGAUGGAGAACUUCCCGAUGAUGGCUGAAAGGAAUCGAACGAUUGAUCACGGAGAGGAGGAUAGGAUGGAUGUGGAGGAGAUGGCGCCCGUUGGAUACGCAGAUGAGAACAAGGAGAACAAUCCAGAAGAGGAGGGAUCGGAUCCGUUUGGUGGCUCUUCAAUGUCAUACACGAAUAAGAGAGGUUGUCUGGAAUCGUAUGGAUUCGGAGCCCAAAAACCGUGUGAGGAGGAUGAAGGAAAAUGGACGAAACGAGCGAAUCAUAUUCUCAAGAAAGUGUCAUCUGAAAUUGAAGCAUCUGGAAGUGCCGUGUUCUCCACGAUCACUGAAAGUGCAAAGACGAGAAAACAGGCCGCUGAACAGUUCUAUUCGUUGCUCUCACUCGCAAAAUCCCAAGCGAUUACUGUAGAGCAGGCGGAGCCAUAUGGAGAAAUUGUGAUUAGAGCUGGAAAUCAAUUCCACGUGGCGCUGACGUCGUCUGGAUCUUCUGGAGCGAUUGGAGAAGAAACGAUGCCAAGAACACCGAUGAGGCCGAUGGAAAUCGUCUAG